CGCACCAUUAGCCAUGUCCGCGGCGUCCGCGCCACCGCCGUCCCUAGCUCCGUUCCAGCCAAGCGAGAGUAUUUCUUUUGAAUGGAUGCUUAUCAUAGAAAUACUAAUGCUUUACAGCGUAUUGUUGGUAGGUUUUCUCGCCUCCCCCAUGUUUAAUUUCAUUAACAGCUCAAUGGAGACGGCCAUGUUCAGCGAAACCUACUUAGGCGAUUCCAGGGCCGCAAAUUUUCUCAGAAAAUUGCGGGCCUUUCGUACUUUCAUUAUCUCCGCAACCACCUUUCUCAUGCCUACGAGGCCCGUUAAUUACUUUAGAGAGUCCUGGCUCUUUACCACUCACAACGAGUCCAUCGUAUCCUUGCCUUUGCUCAUCCCUACAAUAAUUUUCAACAGAAAUUCGUACGGCUGGUGCUCCAGGAUCUCUCGCUUGUAUAUCUUCUAUACUAAUUUCAACAUCUUUACGACCAAAUUUGUUCGUAAUGCAAUAUCAAUAUUGUCCGUUCCCUUCAUCACAUAUGUUUCGGCUAUGGGCGAUGGUGCGCAGGCUGGCGCUUCGCCGUUCUUCAUUUUGUCGCUUAUAUUCCUGCGUCAGUUGUAUGCGAGUACUAUCGAUCCCACCAAAGAUAGCGGUGUUUCAAUGAUCCAUAAUGAUCUCGAAAAUAGUAAAAGUUUUCCCAUCCAACAAAUUACCAAUAAAUGUUGGGUCCUGUUUGUUCUCAACACUAGCAACAGCUUGCCCUGGAAACUCAAAUUGUCAGCAUGUUGCUUACUGGGGCUGCAAGUUUUUAAGGAUAUUGCCAGGUAUGUAGCUGUAAAGAAAGGGUCCCAGUCCUUUGCAACGGAGAAAAAUGCAAAGCUUGUUGCCAGCUAUAUGAAUCAAUAUUUAGGUCUUGACGAUUCUCCGCAGGUAACAGAAAUUGAAUAUGCAGAAACACCAACAGAGUUCAUGUCGGGGUACAAAUACUUGGUUAUGGGAGAAGAGAAGCAGAGGAUAGAGCCAUGCCGAGAAAAAGGAUACAACAUUACAGUAACUGAUGAAUCUCAACUCAUUACGCUUGAUAAAGUGUGGGCUUGGAACGGUGAAGAACCUCAAGACCAAGAAAACAAGGAGUUGUGCCUCUCAUUCGCUCUGUUCAAGCUGCUGAGAAGGAAGUUCGAGGGAAUUCCAUUGACAGAAUCUGGAUCUCAGAGAGCUCUCAGGCUACUUCUUCAUGGGCCGUUCAAAGAUCAUAAAUUUGCCUUCAAUAUUGUAGAAGUACAGCUUUCUUUCCUCCAAGAGUACUUUUUCUCCACAAUCCCUUUAGGUAACGGUUUGUUCUUUAUUGGUCUCUCAGUUGUCCUCGUUUUGUGUUACUACGGCUUGAUCGUUCUACUUAUCAUUGAAAUUUCCCGACCUAUAUCUUCCCAAACUAUCUAUUAUCAAACUUUACCAAUAGAGAAGGCGGAAACAUUGUUUGUUCUUGAGGAAAGCCUCUGCUUAAUUAUUCUAUUUUUUCUACUGUCAAGGGAUGUUUAUGAGCUUAUAAACUAUCUAGUUUCCAAGUGGAGAAAAGUAACUGCAAUAUGUCAGCGAGGAUCCCGGCCGAGGAGUUCUGCUGUUAGACAUCUCUUUAAUCUCGUAAGCUUCUCCAAAUCCAAAUACUCGUGGGGCAACUAUAAUGGCUUGAACCAGCACUCAUUCCUCAAAAGGGUUGAGAGCUUUAUCGAAGUUCCUGAUGUAGUGAAGGAAGCCAUUGUUAGAUCCCUAAAAGAAAACAAAGGCCAGCUCAACAGCGGUAGAACAUCGCUAAAUCAAAAUGGCAUCUAUGAUUCAGAAAUUCAUAAUGCAUGUGGGCUGGAGAGUCACACUGAGAGGAUACUGGUUUGGCACAUAGCCACAAGUCACUGUGAGGCUCAAGCCCAGCAAAGUGAAUUCUGUUCUGUUGAUAUCAAUGUUGCUUCCGGCUUAUCAAGAUAUUGCGCUUACUUAGUCACGUCGGUUCCAGAAUUGAUACCGGAGGAGACUGAAUGGACAAAGCUUGUCGUUCAAAGAGUGAUAAGACAAGUAUGUUUUCGUAAUCAUGACAUUUCUCGUAUCGGAGGCUGCUAUUUCUGCUGGGAUUGUAUGAUUUUCAGAAGGGACAUUGUGGUUUCAGAAGAUGAUGGUGAAUUAGAACAGGCGCUUCGAUUUGUUGAGAUGGGUAAAGAACUUGGAGAGAAACUGAUAACAGAGAUUGAUGAGUCACGGCGUUGGAAAGUGCUGGCUGAUUUAUGGACAGAGAUGUUACUGUACAUGGCUCCAUCAGAUAAUGUCGAGGCUCAUAGAGACAGUCUAUGCAAGGAUGGUCAGUUCAUUACCCACGUCUGGGCUUUGUUAUCUGAUAUUGGCAUCAAUGAGCUCCCUAUGCCUUGAGCUUUCUGUAAACUAAUUAUUCUGCUUACAAUUUGUGCU